UAUGUGUUCAGAUAAAUAAAUAAAUAAAUAAAUAAAAUCUCAUUUCUCGAAUAAGUUAUUUGUUUGCAAUAGCACUAGCACCAUCACCGUUUAUUUUAUCUAAAUUCAGUGUUCCAUUGUCAAAAAUAAAUAAAGAUGUAACCUUUUGGCGGUAUAAAAUUACAGUUCGAUGGCGUAGGAGAUUAACUGUGAGAAAAGUCGUUAACAUUGAAGAUUAAUAUAAUUACAGAGAAAUCUGAGUGUGAAGUAGGCAGCGAUUGUGGAGAUUUGGAGAGGUCUUGUUCAACAAGGUUGAGAAGUCAUCACUCACCUCUUAUGGAUUCUCUGGAAAAAGUUGUUUACGAUCAAUUAGACAAUUUCGCAUCCAGUGAUUUUGAUAAGGUGCUAACUGAUGAGAACAUUAAAACUGAUGAGUUGUGGGAAAUAGAUUCUACAUUAGUUAAUGAUUGUUCUACUGUCACUGAACAAAAAACAUCACAGGAUUUAUGUGAAAAAAAGUGUGAUGCACCAAAAGUAACAAUUUCUUCGGAAUACAUUGCACAAGAAUCAGCUGUUGAUGUAAAUUCGCAAUUGUCAUCCCUAGAAAAGGAAUUGCAGUUAGUGAAUAAACCAAUUCCCAAUGAAGAUAUAACCUCUUUGCAUCGUUCUUCAUCUGAUAUAGUACUACCAUUCACUGCUCAACCAGUAUGUGCCGAUGACGAUUUUGAUACUAAUACCACUAGUUCGGAUAUUGAAGUAAUUUCGUGUUGUAAUUCUACAUAUGGUGGUGAAGUCCACGAGUUACAUUCUUCUAAUACACCUACUAUUAUGUCUCCUGUUAAAGAGCCACGUCUGUCAUCGGGAUUCAAUCAAAACUCACUUGUUUUGCAAAAAUAUUAUCUUAGAGGAUUUAGUGCUCCGAUUGUUUUAAACAAAUGUUCUAGUGGUCCUGAACAUCGUAGAUCUGUUAGUGUUUCGCAAGAUUUAUGUAUGGGUUUGCAAAAUACUAUUGAUGAUGAUUUGACAUUUGCCUAUCAUGACCUCGCUAAGAAGUUUUCCGAUGUCAAACAUUUACUAAAUGUUCGUGAAGCAAAAAUUAUGCAACUUAGCCAUGAGAACAACGUACUACAGAAUUCAGUCUCAAUAUUGCAAGAGCAAUUAAAAACUACACUGACCACACAAGAAAUUGUCACUACUGAUGUGUCCAGUAUUACCUCAGAGUUUUCUCAACGUUUAUCAGAUACAGAGAAACGAUUACAGGUUGUUUGUCGUGAACGAGACCAAUUGAAAAAAGUUUAUCGUGAUGAUAAACCUUUCGUAAAUAAUGAUAUAAAACGUGUAAAUGAAUUAGAGAAUGUAAUUUUGCAGAAAAAUGAAGAAAUUGAGAAUUUAUUAAAAGAAGGUCAUAAAUUAUCUGCUGAUCAGUUGAAGACAAAUAAUCUAUUAAAAAAGCUUCGUUCAGAACAGAAAAAAAGCAAGCAGACAGAAGCAUCACAUUUGAAACAAAUUGAACAAUUAACUGUUGAAGUUCAACGGCUGCGAAGCAGUUUAGAAAAUAAGGAAGAGAUACUUGGUAUUCAACUAACCAAUUCUACUAGACAAACGAAAGUGAUAAAUAAUUUGGAAGAACAACAGGAAAUUCUUAAGAUUCAAAUCAGUAAGAAUGAAAUCAAAAUAUCUGACCAAAAACAGGAACUGGAGACUCUCAUCAAUGAAAAUUCAGAGUUGAAAGAACAGUUGAAUCAAAUUCACUGUCAUUCACAAGCUGAAAGUCAAUGUGUCGAAGAUUUAGAAAAAGUAAAGGCUGAAUGUGAAACCUUAAAACAGAAACUGAACAGCAAUUCAAGAGAUUUACGUGCAUUUAAAACACAACAUGAAGAACAAGCGAUCAAAUGGAGAGAAGAAAUUCAGUAUUACCAGGGUUUAUUGUCUGAUGCCCAGUUGAAAAUUGAUCUAUUGAAUGAAACAACUACUACUGCAACGCAACCAAUCAUGAAACAAUUAGAAAUUCUUCAAUCUAAUUUCAAUAAUCAAGCAUUUGAAUGGGAAACAAAAGAAAGACAAUUGAAUAAAUUAUUAGCUGAAUAUAAACUUACAGCCGAUAAUGCUCAAACGUCUGAAAAAUCAUGGCGAAGUCAGCUUCAAAUAGCAGAGGAUAAUUUAGCAGUGGCUAGAUUAGAAUUGAAUUCCUUAAAGCAGAAAUAUGUUGAUUUGCAGAAAAUAUUUACAGCAGAACAAGAAAAAUCACAGGGUAGCAUGUUCGAUUUACAAGAAUUAACUGUCAAACUGGAAACAUCUAAAUCUGAAAUGAAUGAAUUUCUUUCUCGUAUAAGUGAAUUACAACAAACAUUGUUAUCUGAAGAGCAACGUUAUAAAGCAUUAGAAGGGGUGAAUAAUAAUUUAUGCUUACAACUAGAAGAAAUGAAAUUGGCAAAAGACCAACUUGUGGCAAAUAAGGUCAUCGAUCAACCAUUGAAUUCACAUUCACUUGACAGAAAAUCUCCAUUCAACAAUGAAGUAGCCAGUAUUCCAAAAACAUUUCAAUUUCAGUCUGAUAUGGUCAAUCAAGCUUCUAUGGAAUAUUUUCAAUCUCAUCUACAUUUGCGCGAAGGUGAAUGUGCUCAUUUGAAACGUGAAAUUGAACAAUUAACAGCCACACAAGAGAAGUUAUUAACUGAAGUUGCUAAACAAACAGCUCGAGCUGAGAAAUACGAAAAGUUAGCAGGUGUAAAAUAUACAAACCAUGUAAAUAGAACUUUAUCACAAUCAGAUCCCUUUGCUCCUACUACAAAUAAUUACCAUAAUCAUAAUAUUGGCGAUGUAAUUGAUGACAAUGAUCCUACAAUGGAAUUACAACAACGUUAUGAAACUUUAUUAAUUUUAUGCGGUAAAUUAACGGAAGAAAAUAAUGAACUUAAAUUGGAUUUAGCUGAUGUUAAAGAAAUGUAUAGAGCGCAGAGGGAGUUAAAUGCUAAGUUGUCAUACGAUUCUCAUUUAAUCAAUAAUGAUGAUAAGUUUUGUGACCGUCAUGCAAAGACCCACUUCAAAUGGCCCUUAAUUCGUCAUAAAUCUGAAGAUAUUAGUACUUCAGGUUCUUUCAUUCAACCUGGGUACAAAUUCAGUUAUGAAACGGACUGUGAUGUUAAACAAAUCGAAUUUACAAAGCCAUCAGAUUUAAUCGCUCUCAAUGGUCUAGAUGGUCAGACACAAACAUUCAAUUUUAGCACAGCUUUUAAUUUUUCCCAAACCAAGUCUGUCGAUCAGGAUGCUAGUAAUAACUACAAAACAAUUUUUACCUACUCCGAUCCUGUUACAAAUGUUAUAGAUUGUCAAUUAGACAUUUUUGAUUUUAUGGAUACUGGAUAUUCCAAAAAUUUAAACAGUCGAUUACAUUAUUCAUUCCUUGUCCUAUCAGCUUUAUUAUUGAUUAUAUUCUUUCCAUUCUUGUGUUGGUUUUAUGUGAAGCGUCUUGCGAAAAGUGAACGAAUCAUUAUAUUUCGACUCGGAAAACGAAUGAAAUCUAAAGGACCUGGUUGGGUAUUUCUGUUGCCUAUAUGUGAUCGUUACCACUUAAUUACUCUCGAUGAUCAACUAGUAAAAAUUAAACCUGUAUCUGGUGGUACAAAAGAUGAAGCUGUUGUAGAAGUGACAUGUUCAAUAAUAUUUUAUUUAUUAGAAUCAGAUUAUGCAUUUAGUAUAACUAAUAAGAGCCCUUUGGAUAUUGUUACUACACAAACUCAAUUAUGUUUAUUAUCAGCAUUAACUCAUUUAGAAUGGUAUUAUUUAGAACAAGGUAAUGCAAAAAUUGACUUGGCUAAUGAAACAAAAGGCACAUUAAAUUCUCGUUGUGGUCCAUACGGCAUUCAUGUGAAAGAAGUUACUAUUGAUGGUUUAGUUCUACUCCGUCCGCCACCAUCGCAUAAUUCCAAGUCAAAUAUUGAACUGGUUACUAAACACUUGCAUCAAUUAUCAUGUGUAUUGCUGAAUAGUCGAGGUGAUAAACCGCUAAUAAGACCACCCACUAGUCAAUCGAAAGUAGAACAACAAAUAAUCAAUUUGUCUAAUGGUUCCGAACAAACUAAUUCAACAUCAAUGUCAUGUGAUACCACCGACAUAAUAUCAGACCCAGAAAUAACAACUACCACAAUAACUAAUGAAUCUAGUUCUGUUGAAACUACACCGCUAAUAAAUAAAGUACAAAAACAGUAUAGUUUUAAGUCUUUAAAUGCUCUGUCACAAUUACGCAUUUCACAUAAUUAUCCUGCUUUAUCGAAAGCAAUAACACGUGCUCAAGGUCUACUUAAUAGUAAUAUCGCUUGUCAAGCUCUUGAUUGUGCAUCAUUACAAUUAGUUAUAUCAAUGGAGAACAAAUUUGUCAAAGAUCAUUUACCAUUAUUGAAUUCAGUGGAAAAUCGAAAUUUUAUUCUACUUUAUUUGGAUGCUGGUACUGGAACUGUCGGUUCAGGUUGUCUACCAGUUGAUAAACAACCAGCAAAUGUUACACUUUUCAUACAUAUUGACGAUUUAACUGAUGUGGUAGAAGGUCGUUUAGAUGUAAUAAACGCAAUAAAAUCUGACAAAGCUUUCAUGACCGGUUCAUUAUCAGUGUUAUCAAAAAUGCGUCAUUUACUUUAUCUGCCUCCAGUUUGA